CACAACAUCGCUACUCAGUCCAACAACAAAGAAAAACGAUGACUCCAUUAAAAUUACAGUCAAAGAUUAUUCCUUUUUCAUUAUUUACAAAACAUACAACUAAUCAAACGUUGUUUCUUGUUUCUCUCUCAUCUUUCCUUUGCUUUCUCUCUCAUCUUUUGCCCUUUUCCGCAAGAACCCAUAACUGAAGGAAGAUAUUCAUGGAGGAAUCAGAAGUAUUAGCUUCAAUUAUUUGCUGGGUUUCUUGAAAUUACUUCGCCCAUCAAUUGCUUGUGUUAAUUCUUUCAAGAUUUUUCCUUUUGAGUUAGAAUCUGAAAAUUAUCAUGGCUGGGAAUUGGGAUUCGAUUUCCGAGCAAGGCGACGAAAGCCACCAUUUCGACAAGCUACACAUCGAACCAAUUUACGAUGCAUUUAUCUGCCCGCUAACCAAGCAAGUAAUGCGAAACCCCGUCACUCUCGAAAACGGGCAAACGUUCGAGAGAGAAGCAAUCGAGAAAUGGUUCAGGGAGUGCAGGGAGAGUGGAAAAAGACCCGUUUGCCCCUUAACUCUGAGGGAGCUGAAAAGCACGGAACUCAAUCCGAGUAUUGCAUUGCGAAACACAAUCGAAGAGUGGAAUGCAAGAAACGAAGCUGCUCAAAUAGACAUGGCCCGCAAAUCGUUAUCGUUGGCCAGCCCGGAGAACGAUGUUACACAAGCGUUGGGAUUCGUGCAGCACUUGUGCCAAAAAAACCCGUCGGAUAAACAUGUUAUCCGUAAUGCUGGUUUGAUACCUAUGAUUGUUGAUGUGCUUAAAAGCAGUAGUCGUCGAGUUAGACGGAAAGCUCUAGAAACCCUUCGAUCUGUUGUCGAAGAUGAUUCCGAUAAUAAGGAAAUAAUGGCGGAAGGGGACACGGUGCGAACGGUGGUGAAAUUCUUGUCACACGAGCAAUCGGAGGAGAGAGAAGAAGCUGUUUCGUUGUUGUACGAGCUUUCUAAAUCGGAGAAGCUAUGUGAGAAGAUUGGUUCGGUUAAUGGGGCGGUUCUCAUUUUAGUAGGAAUGGCUAGCAGUAACUCGGAAGAUGUUCUGACUGUUGAAAAAGCCGAUUUUACCCUUGAUAAUCUUGCGCAGUGUGAGAACAAUGUAAGACAAAUGGCUGAAUGCGGCAGAUUACAGCCGCUUCUUACGCUACUACUCGAAGGAUCUCCCGAAACUAAACUAUCAAUGGCAUCGUUCCUCGGCGAACUAGUUCCAAACAACGAGGUGAAGCUCUUCGUCGCCCGAACGGUCGGUUUCUCGUUAAUCAAUCUAAUGAAGAGCAGCGCUAUAGAGUCACGAGAAGCGUCUCUAAAAGCUCUAAAUCAAAUCUCCUCCGACGAAGCCAGCUCUAAGGUCUUGAUCGAGGCCGGUAUUCUUCCGCCCCUCGUAAAAGACCUAUUCACCGUCGGAGCCAAACAACUCCCGAUGCGCCUCAAGGAAGUUUCAGCGACGAUCCUCUCCAAUAUCGUGAAUUCGGGCCACGAUUUCGAUUACAUACCCGUGGGGCCCGAUCACCAAACCCUCGUCUCGGAGGAAAUAAUCCACAACCUUUUACACCUCAUUAGUAAUACGGGCCCCACUAUAGGGUCCAAACUUCUCCAAGUUCUCGUCGGUCUCACGAAUUCGUCUUCCACCGUAAUUAGCGUCGUUUCUGCUAUUAAAAGCUCCGGUGCUAUAAAUAGCACAGUUCAAUUUAUCGAGGCCCCCCAGAGCGAUCUGAGGCUGGCCUCGAUAAAGCUUCUUCAGAACCUCUCGCCGCACAUGGAUCAAGAAUUGGCCGAUUGCUUGCGGGCCCCGCUUUCGGGCCUAAUCAGGGUUAUAACGGAAAACGUAGGUAUGGUAACGGAAGAGCAAGCGGCGGCAGUCGGCUUACUAGCGGAUCUUCCUGAGAGAGAUUCGGGGCUUACUAGGCAAAUGCUCGACGAAGGUGUUUUCGAGAUGUUCGUUUCAAGAAUCGUCAAAAUACGACAAGGGGGGGCGAGGGGGGGCCGUUUUAUGACCCCCUAUUUAGAAGGGCUCGUGAAGGUCCUAUCAAGAAUCACGUUCGCCUUAACCGACGAGGGCGCUCGAGCAAUUUGCCAUAGCCACAAUCUCGCCUCUCUCUUCGUAGAACUUUUGCAAGCGAACGGGCUCGACAACGUACAAACGGCAUCGGCUAUGGCGUUAGAGAAUCUAUCUCAAGAAUCGAAGAAUCUGACGAAAUUACCGGAACAUCCUUCUCCGGGGGUCUGCGCCCCCUUCUUCCCUUGCUUAAGCAAACCCCAAAUUGUUACGGGACUAUGCAAAAUCCACCGUGGCAAAUGUUCGUUGAGAGAAACAUUUUGCUUAUUGGAGGGAAAUGCGGUCGAUAAACUAGUCGCGCUCUUGGACCAUAAUAAUGAUAAAGUGGUGGAAGCUUCGCUUGCGGCUAUUUCAACUUUGUUGGACGAUGGAGUUGAUAUAAACGAGGGCGUUCAAUUGUUGAUAGAUACGGAAGGGAUUAAGCCUAUACUCGACUUGUUGCUCGAGAAACGAACGGAGAGUUUGAUAAGGAGGGCAGUUUGGGCAGUUGAAAGAUUGUUGAGGAAUGAAGAGAUUGCUUAUGAAGUUUCGGGUGAUCCGACUGUUGUUACGGCACUUGUGGAUGCUUUUCAAAACGGAGAUUAUCGGUCACGGCAGAUUGCUGAGCGUGCGUUGCAACAUGUCGACAGAAUCCCGAGAUUCUCGGGUAUUUUUCCGAUCUAGUGAAUGGUUAUUUUCGAACUAGUUAAUACUGCAAUUGGCAGUUUGUAUUAUUAUUAUAAUAAAUUUUUUUUUUGUUGAGUCUUUGAGAUGUGAAGGUAUAUAGUUUAUUACAUUUUGUUGGGUUAACCCUUUUUUUUUUUUUUUUUUUUAAUUAUUUCCAUAGUUUUUUACUUUAGAAGUUCAAUGUGAGAUUAUGCAUCAUUUGCAGGAAGUUGUUAAGGAUACAUUGUCAAUUAUUGUGGAUUUUAGUCAUGAUUAUUGAGGAAAAAUCACUAAAA